CGCAGAUAUGUGGAUCUACCUGUGACCCACAAAGAGAUGCGCUGUCAGUCGGUCGAUACUGGCCGCCAUGUGGACAGGGCAACAAAAUCCAGAUAAAUUAGAUUACUGGAUUGACCGCAACAGAUUAUAGUUCUCCUACUUCCCCGAUGCUUGACGAGAAAACAAUCUGAAAAAUUAGACGGAAUUUGAAGGGAAACAGGGAAAGACUGGCAGCCAUGCUGACCAGCUUUCUGGAAGGUCUGCUCUGCUGCUUCACCUCAAAGCCGACCAAUAUUGUGGUUCCUGUAGAAACCUCAGAACCUGCUGAUGGCUACGAGUUUGUGGAGGUAAAACCGGGCCGCAUUCUGCGAGUUCGGCAUAUCAUCCCCGACAGGCCGGUGGUGGAGGAGCCCACCGGGCUUGGUGGGAGUGUGAGCUGCAAACGAAAAAUCACAGUUUACCGUAACGGACAGCUGUUCAUUGAGAACUUGGGUGACAGGGCGAGUGCAGAGCUGAAAAGCUGCCAGAAUGGAGAGACAGAACCCAACAGCACCAUGGAGGUAGAACUGACGGACUGUGGUAAUUCGUUGCCGCCCGUCAGCAUUCCUGAGGCGAGAUCAGACUCUCUCACGGCUGGAAACAACGGCGCAUCCGACACAGCAGCAGCAGUGGGUGAGGCUUCUGCUGCUGGACAGACUGACCAAUCUCAGCAACCCAGGAAGCGCAGGCGGAAGCCCAAGCGCACUGUGGUGAUUGACUGUGAAAGGAAGAUAUCAGCCUGUAAAGGGACACAUCCAGAUGUGACGUUGUUCUUCAUUCACGGAGUCGGAGGUUCGCUGGAUAUCUGGGGAAGCCAGCUGGACUUCUUUUCUCGGCUGGGCUACGAAGUGAUUGCCCCGGACCUGGCAGGACACGGAGCCAGCUCAGCACCGCAGAUUCCUGCAGCGUAUACGUUCUAUGCGCUGGCUGAGGAUAUGAGAAUCAUCUUCAAGAGAUACGCUCGGAAGAGGAAUAUCCUCAUAGGACACUCUUACGGUGUGUCGUUCUGCACCUUCCUGGCUCAUGAAUAUCCAGAACAAAUUCACAAGAUGGUGAUGAUCAACGGCGGCGGUCCCACAGCUCUGGAGCCCAGCCUCUGCUCCAUCUUCAACCUGCCCACCUGUGUGCUUCACUGCCUCUCCCCGCUGCUUGCCUGGUGCUUUCUCAAGGCGGGCUUUGCUCGGCAGGGCGCCAGGGAGAAGCAGUUGCUGAAAGAGAACAAUGCCUUCAAUGUGUCGUCUUUUGUGUUGCGUGCCAUGAUGAGCGGGCAGUACUGGCCUGAGGGGGACGAGGUCUACCACGCUGAGCUGACAGUGCCCGUCCUGCUGGUGCAUGGCAUGCAUGACAAAUUUGUCCCUGUUGAAGAGGACCAACGAAUGGCAGAAAUACUUCUAAUGGCGUUCCUGAAGGUCUUGGAGGACGGCAGUCACAUGGUCAUGAUGGAGUGUCCGGAUCCUGUUAAUACGCUCCUGCACGAGUUCUUCCUCUGGGAACCGCUGACCCUCCCAGCGCCAAAGAAAGAGUCCAAAACCCGUCCAGAGACCGCUAAAGCUCGAACUGAUAACACUCAGGCGAUAGCUAAGCCCAGCAAGGCCCGGCCUGCGACUGCUAAACCAGCCCAAUGAAGCGGCAGCAGGUUCACAUCAGAGCUGAAACACUGGUUGUUACGGUGAAUCGUGGUCGGCCAGUCGGUGCAUCACAAGCAUCCCAGUGCAUCUGGUGCAAGCUGUUAAACCUGAUGAUGAGCCAGUUAACUGGUCCUGCUGGAGGCGGGACACUCUGCAGAGGUCACUGAUUCCAAAUAAACUCCAACCACUUAACACACAGCAGCGAGGACGCGUUUGUGCCUUGAACUGAUGCGUUACAGUGACGGUACCUGGAUCGGGGAAGCACAAAUGGAAACAGCCACGAAGGCAACGAUGAAAACAGCUGCCAAGUGGGAAAGAUGAUAAACUGGGACAAGAACAUGUGGCUCCUGGUUGAGCACAAGCUGUAAUUAACAGCUGAGACUCAACCUUAUGAAGUGUAGCUGGAUAGUCAGUCAUUGUUUUUAUUCCUCAUAAGUAUUGCAAACCUUACCUGUUGUAAAGGUAAGCAUGUGAAAAUAACACAAUGCCAUACGCAAAAUAACUAAUUGAGAAGAUGUUUUUUGAUGAAAAACAAAACCUCCGUCCAUUGGCCUUUUUCUUCUCUCUUCUCUUCUUCUCACUGAUGCAUGAAGCUCAGUGUAGCUAUGAAAGCAGCUGCUUCUGGUAUUUAAUAGAAAUGCAUUAAUGGGGGUUUGGGGGGGGGAUCCAGAAAGAAGUGAAAGUAAGUUUGCUGCUUCUGAGACAUCAAGAAAAUGAUGUUCAAUCGAGUGUGCACGGCUAAACUUAGCAAUGACUGCAGGUCAUCACUGAGUCCUACAUUUACAGGAACAGCACGAUCGCAUGUAUGCAGCGAGGUGUAACUGCAGCAGGAAACGAAGCAUGUCGAGCACUGCAACAGAGAACAUGUCCAAGCUGAACACCACAAAGUAUUUGCAGACACUAUUGAUUGUGUAGUGCUGCUACGUGUCGGUGCUGUAGCACCUCUGAGAUUUCAUUCCUCACUAAAACUGACUGAGAGUCGCUGACAAACAGCUUCUACGUGUCCUUUAUUACACUGUGUUGUGUUAUUGUGUCUGCUGAAUGCACACAAAAGAGUUUAGCUUGGAAACAUGUUACUGUCCAGUGCACCGACUGUAACGUUUGAGUCCUUCGUAGUUUAACGUGGACGUCUGUGACUCCACAGCGUAAACAAUCAACACUACGAAGCUGUUAAAUCCUCUGUGACUGUAAAGGUUUAGUUCGUUAGAGGAUUUAAAUUCUGGCAUUUGCUGUGUUCACAAACCCUCACAGGGCCUCAGUCAGCUGUACAGGGCACAGAUCUCACCCUUUUCUUUCUUUUCAAACAUAUUUGAUUUUUUAAAUUCGUAGGACAGACUUUUUAUACUUUUGACUUCAGGUUAGGAUGAAUGUUUCUGAGAUUCAAAGCAAGAAAUGUUGCUUUUGAUUCAAAUAGAAGGAAACUGUCUGCUUUGUGUCUUGUGUGUCUUAAAUUUUGUAACUGUUGGCCUUUGUCAAAGAAAAACAUGAUAAAUUAUUUACAUGAUCACAGUAAAUGUGAAUUUUCAAAAAAAUAAAAGAUAAAUCUUCUGUUUUUUCUA